AGAGUAUCGGCACGCCGUCGAUGUUUGUCCCUCGUACCGAAUACUCCUUUCAAUUCAUCUGAUAGGACGGGCGACGGUUCUUCAUACGGGCGACCGUGAUGGUGCGGGACCUGCACGCCUUGACAGGGACGCCGACCGGACGAGCUGGAGGCGGGGGCUGCGCCUCCCCCUCCCCGCUGGAGUCUGAAGGAAGACCGGCUGGCUCUGUAUCGUCAGUCUCCGCAGCUCACUUCUCCUGUUUACUUGGGUUUAUUGUGGUCCUAUUCCGAUGUGUGCGCGCCCAGAGGACGCGGAUAUUAUAAUAGACGGCGGCGGUGCGCUGAAUGCCCGGUGCGGCUCCAGUAAUGUUGUUGUAGUGGCUGAAGGAGUAUCGACGCUCACCGUCUGCUGUCUCGGUGCAGCCAGCGAAACAUACAUUGAGAAAUAACGGGGUGAAAGAGGGUGAGUGAGUGAGUGAGUGAGUGAGAGAGGGAGGGAAAGAAAAACAAUCCGUCCGUUUCCAUGGACAGCACGUCCAUAAUUACUCAGGUCGCCAACCCAAAGGAUGAAGAGAUCGCUUGCAAUCAGGAGAAAGUCUCGCAGUCGGAUGGCAGCUUAAAGAUAAAGAGGAAGAGGAGCAUCUUUGGCACCUUUCUCUGCUGCCUCCGUGACUACAAUGUGGAGCCGACGUCCAACCACGGCUCCAGGCCCCCGGUGCUCGCCGCUGGGGAGAACGGUACUCCAGCAAAGUCCCCAGUGAAAUACCUCCUUCCUGAGAGAAACACAUCAGACUACGGCAAGAACUGUGUGGUGAUUGACUUGGAUGAAACAUUGGUGCACAGCUCCUUUAAGUUAUUACAGAAUACUGACCUGACCUUGGCUAGGCUGCACCCCAUCACCUGACAGCAUCCUCCAGCAUUUCCAGCCUUUCUCCCGUUGCAGGUCUACGUGCUGAAGCGGCCACACGUGGACCAGUUCCUGCAGAAGAUGGGUGAGCUCUUCGAGUGCGUGCUCUUCACGGCCAGCCUAGCCAAGUACGCAGAUCCAGUAGCAGACUUGUUGGAUAAGUGGGGCGUGUUCCAGGCUCGGCUGUUCCGAGAAUCCUGCGUCUUUCACCGCGGCAACUAUGUGAAGGACCUCAGUCGCCUAGGAAGGGAACUCAGGAGAGUCAUCAUAGUAGACAACUCACCGGCUUCCUACAUCUUCCACCCUGAAAAUGCAGUCGCGGUUCAGUCGUGGUUCGAUGACAUGACAGACACGGAGCUCCUGGACCUGAUCCCGGUCUUCGAGGCCCUGAGUGUGGAGGAUGACGUGUGCGACGCUCUCAGCAGCCUGAGGGGCAGGUAGCACAGCCCAUUUCCUCACUGCCACCUCAGGUCCAGCGGCGGGGGACGGGAGCGACGCCUCACUCCCACUGACUGCCCUCGCAAGAACGCAAUGUUUGGAAUCCCGUUUCCAUGAACUACUGCUGGAAAGUCCCAGCGCAAGGAAAACACGAACUUUAUAUUUCUAAUUUGGAGGAGUGGAGAAUUAAAAACAACUAGAUAUGUUAUUUUAUCAAAGACAUUUUUUCAAAUGUAUGCAAUCAUUUUAUAUUUACAAAAAAAAAAUUAAAAGCCGUACAAAAAGAGAAAAGAAAAGGAUAAAGCAGAAUUAUUUUCAGUUGUGUUAUUUUUGCUAUGCAAAACAUUAUUUCUUUCUAUUUCCUUUUAUCACCGAAUAAAGUGCCUUUUCAGAUACAUUAUUUUAAUGGUAUGUUUUGUAUGCAGCAUACUGACAGGGCAUUGCUUUAAAAUGUGGAGCUGUGUAUUAAAAACAUUCAUGCUGAUAAUUUUCAAAACGUGUCAUCUCAUCGUCAUUAUAAUGAUUUUUUUAUGGUUUACAAGAAACUCUUUCUUGGAAUA